AGGGCAGAGAGGCAGCCCGCGAGCGCUCAGCUAGCAAGCGUACGGUGCACUGCGAGAGAUGGUCACGUCCACACCGGGGAUCCUUCUGCUGCCGAUGGUAAUAUGUUUCCAGCACUGCAUUUACGUUCACGGUACUAAGACAGAAUGUGAAGCCAGCCAGUUUCAGUGUGGAAACGGUCGUUGCAUCCCAUCCGUCUGGCAGUGUGAUGGAGACGAAGACUGCACUGAUGGCAGUGAUGAGAACUCUUGUGUUAAAAAGACUUGUGCGGAGGUGGACUUUGUGUGUCAUAAUGGCCAAUGUGUCCCGAAGCGAUGGCACUGUGAUGGGGAGCCGGACUGCGAGGAUGGAUCAGAUGAGAGCAUAGAAAUCUGUCACAUGAGGACGUGUCGUGUGAACGAGUUCAGCUGCGGCGCCGGCUCUACUCAGUGUAUACCCAUCUUCUGGAAAUGUGAUGGAGAGAAGGACUGUGACAAUGGAGAGGACGAGGUCAACUGUGGUAACAUCACCUGUGCUCCGAAUGAGUUCACGUGUGCCAGCGGCCGCUGCAUCUCUCGGAACUUUGUGUGUAACGGCGAGGACGACUGCGGCGACGGCUCCGAUGAGGUGGAGUGUGCUCCGUCCUCCUGCGGCCCCAGUGAGUUCCAGUGUGGAAACUCAUCGUGCAUACCAGCCAACUGGGUGUGCGACGACGACGUCGACUGCCAGGACCAGUCAGAUGAGUCACCGUCUCGUUGUGGCCGUCACCCGACGCCCCCAGCCAAGUGUUCGACCAGUGAGAUGCAGUGCCGCUCGGGAGAGUGUAUUCACAAGAAGUGGAGGUGUGAUGGAGACCCCGACUGCAAGGAUGGCAGCGAUGAAGCCAACUGUCCUGUACGCACCUGUGGACCAGAUCAGUUCAAAUGUGAUGAUGGAAACUGUAUCCUGGGCAGCAGACAGUGCAAUGGCCUCAGAGAGUGCACCGAUGGAUCAGACGAAGUCAACUGCAAAAACAUGACUCAGUGUAACGGGCCGGAGAAGUUCAAGUGUCGCAGUGGAGAGUGUAUUGAGAUGACCAAAGUGUGCAACAAGGCCCGAGACUGUCCCGACUGGAGUGACGAACCCAUCAAGGAAUGCAAUCUAAAUGAGUGUCUCCUUAACAACGGCGGAUGCUCUCACAUCUGCAAAGACAUGGUGAUUGGCUUCGAGUGUGACUGCACACCUGGACUUCAGCUCAUAGACCACAAGACCUGCGGAGACAUCAAUGAGUGUCUGAACCCUGGCAUCUGCAGUCAAAUCUGCAUCAACCUGAAGGGAGGAUACAAGUGCGAAUGCCACAACGGCUACCAGAUGGAUCCGACCACCGGAGUCUGCAAGGCUGUUGGUAAGGAGCCAUGCCUGAUCUUCACAAACCGCCGUGACAUCCGUCGUCUGGGUCUGGAGAGGAAGGAGUACACUCAGAUUGUGGAGCAGCAGAGGAACACAGUGGCUCUGGAUGCAGACUUUAACCAGCAGAUGAUCUUCUGGGCUGACCUGGGCCAGAAGGCCAUUUAUAGCACUGUGCUGGACAAACGAGGUGAAGUCGGCGCACAUAACAAAGUGAUAGACAACGUUCAGACUCCUGUGGGAGUUGCCGUGGACUGGAUCUAUAAAAACUUGUACUGGUCUGAUCUUGGCACCAAAACCAUUUCUGUAGCCAACUUCAACGGGACCAAGCAGAAGGUUCUGUUUAACAGAGGCCUGAAAGAACCGGCAUCCAUUGCUGUGGAUCCACUGUCUGGAUUUCUGUACUGGUCUGACUGGGGUGAGCCAGCCAAGAUUGAGAAAUCUGGUAUGAACGGAGUGAACAGACAGGUUCUGGUGGCAUCGGAUAUCCAGUGGCCUAAUGGAAUCACCCUGGAUCUGAUCAAAGGCAGGUUGUACUGGGUCGACUCUAAGCUGCAUAUGCUCUGUAGCGUUGACUUGAAUGGAGACAACAGGAAGAAAGUACUCCAGUCUCCAGACUACCUGGCUCAUCCCUUCGCCCUCACUGUUUUUGAGGAUAGAGUUUUCUGGACGGAUGGCGAAAACGAAGCUAUAUACGGUGCAAACAAGUUCACCGGCUCUGAUGUGGUGACUCUGGCCAGCAACCUGAAUGACCCCCAGGACAUCAUCGUGUACCAUGAGCUGAUCCAGCUGUCAGGUACUAACUGGUGCACAGAGAAAGGCGAAAAUGGAGGCUGUAGCUACAUGUGUCUGCCUGCACCGCAAAUCAACAAGCACUCCCCCAAGUACACCUGUGUGUGUCCGGAGGGGCAGGAGCUGGCUGCUGACGGCUUACGCUGUAGACCUGACCCUUCAACCAAAGGUCCCUCAAAGGAUGAUGGGAAAGCUCUAAUACAGCCACCCUCAGAAGCCAACGUGAGCACGUCGAUCCAGGUGGACUCCACAGCCAGAGGGUCUACUGCUGCCUGGGCCAUACUGCCCGUCUUGCUGCUGGCGAUGGCGGCAGCGGGCGGCUACCUGAUGUGGAGAAACUGGCAGCUGAAGAACCAGAAGAGCAUGAACUUUGACAACCCCGUCUACCUGAAGACCACAGAAGAAGACCUCAACAUCGACAUAACCCGGCACGGCGCCAACGUGGGACACACCUACCCUGCGAUUUCUAUAGUGAGCACAGAUGACGAUUUAUCAUGAUCGUCUGGAUCUUUUUGCUUUUUACGGCAACACAUAGCGUUGCGUGGAGCCUCCUCGUUCCCAUGCCGACGGUUGUCCGUAGCAGCAGCAGCCCUUACAGUACGACCACAUGCCUUCUGAAGUGCAUUAUGACCUGCGGAGAUGAUGGCCGGAAGAAAUGUUAUUUAUUAUGUGAAUACUACAAUGAAUUAUGUGUCAUAACUGUUUUCACUCAGUGCGUCCAAAGUGUUUUGAUUUUUUUUUUUCCUUUUGGUCCUCGUUAUGUUCGGACCUCAGACAGCUUCCUGUCCCUCUUAAAGGAGUCUGACAUCAUCUUUUCACAGCAUAUGAGCGAAACACGGUGAAUGUCCGCAAUUUGAUCAUCUCUUCUGGGACUUUCUGUGUUCAGACUGAACCCAGAAGAAUGACAAGAGGACCGUGUUUCUCUUGCCGAACAGAUCGACUCUGCUGGACUGGAUUUAAAAGUGGAUCUGAGCUGUCAGUAUCCCAUGUGACACGUGUUAAAGACAGCGUGAGGUGGAGUGAGGUGUUCAUGGGGGAUCUUGGUCCAAAUUUUAUUCCUUGCCUACUUUGAUUCAACAGGCUCAGAUGUGUGAAUAUUUAUGUACCAUCAUGGUUGGAGCAGUAAUAUCCAAGAUGUAAGUUUUCUUUCUUAAUUUGUUUUUAUUUUUUAUUGUGUUUUCUUUUCAAUGGUACUUCCUGGAGUGCAUUCUUACAAGCUCUUUUUUCAAUCAGUGUUUAUUAUUAUUAUUAUUAUUGUUAUUAUUAAGGCUGUGUAAGGAUCACCAUGGUUACAGCAUUUGUAAACAUUGUAUAUAUUUACCCAUUAUCCCUCAAAGACAUGACGGUCAAUCAGGACUCUCUUCAAUGCACUUUGAUCAAAUGUUCCUUGUGUAAAUAAGAUUGUAUACAUUUGACUUGAAAUCAAUUUUUUGCUAUGGUUGGGCAUCGUACCAGGGUUAGAGCUCAGAUGUAUUUAACAAGAAAGAAAAAGCUGAAAAAUGGGGAAAAAAACAACACAACUGAAUUUGGUAAAACUAUUUUGUAUGUUUGUGUGCUGUUGCUGUGAACUUUUUCUAGCCUUGUACAGUGAGGGGGAACACUAUUAAAACUU